ACAAACAAACAAACAAACCAAAAAAAAAACCCAAAGCCAAAAGCCAAAAUCCAGAGUCUUGUGACGUAUAUGCAAAUGCAAUCCCUCGCUUCACUGCUGGGACAUGGUUGGUGAGAAAGAGAGCGAAAGAGACAAAAGAUCAAAGCAAGAUCUCCCAACUGUUUCUAGCGUUUCUCACCUAACUCACCUGGUAAUCUCCACGCACCUUCGUUCAUUCCUCUGUAUAUCUACAAGCUUUCUAUACCCUUUAUUGUCAAUUCACUGUUUUUUUUGCUUUAAUCCUUUUAUUCGGCUAAAGAUUCUGUUUCUAUUCCAAUGUUUCAAUACCCAGAUGCUAUAACAUCCUCUUUCGAGUACCCAUUAACCUAAAAUUAAAUCUUUCUUGCUUAGAACCUCAAAUCAUACGAUUCUAUAUCCAUUUGUUCUUGUGGGUAUAUUACAAAAUUUGAACGGACAUACUUGGUUCUAGGUUUGAUAAACAUGGGUAGAAGAAGAUUGCAAGGUUUUGAAGAUAAUGGUGGUGGGUUGUUCUCAAAUUCUGGAAUUGGGUUUCUAUGGUGUCCUCAAGAUGAAGGUUAUCACCCUGGUGGCUUAUUUGCUAGCGUUGGGAUGGGAUUUGGGAUAUCCCCAAACUCUCCUAAUUCAACUAGCAGUGGUCUAAACCUUCCAUAUUUGAAAUUGUACACAAAAUACUUGUUGCCUGAGCCUGCUUUUCAGUUUGUUGGGGUACCGGAACUGGUGGCAGGGGAAGCGGAGGAGGUAGGGGAGGAUGAGUUGUUGUUGAAUAAUAAUAAGAAGAAGAAGAAAAAGGGUGGUGGUUCUAGAUUGAAAAUUAAAAUGGAGAAUUCGUCGCUGAGGAGGUUGAUGAGUGGGGCAGUUGCGGGUGCAGUGUCGCGGACAUCAGUUGCUCCAUUGGAAACAAUAAGGACGCAUUUGAUGGUGGGGAGUUGUGGGAACUCAACUACAGAAGUGCUUCAGAAUAUCAUGGAGACUGAAGGAUGGAAGGGAUUAUUUAGGGGGAAUUUAGUUAAUGUUAUCCGUGUUGCACCGAGCAAGGCAAUUGAGUUAUUUGCUUAUGAAACAGUUAAGAAGCAAUUGACACCUAAACCUGGAGAACAACAGAAACUACCAAUACCUGCAUCUCCAAUUGCAGGUGCUAUUGCCGGGAUUAGUUCUACUUUAUGCACCUACCCUCUCGAGUUGCUCAAGACUCGACUAACCGUCCAGAGAGGCGUAUACAAAAACCUCUUCGACGCUUUUCUGAAAAUUGUCAAAGAGGAGGGACCUGCAGAACUAUACCGGGGCCUCACCCCAAGUCUGAUCGGAGUAGUCCCAUAUGCUGCCACCAAUUAUUUUGCAUACGAUACAUUACGAAAAGCUUACAAGAAAGUUUUUAAUGAGGAUGAAAUCGGAAGCAUUGCAACCCUCUUGAUAGGAUCAGCAGCUGGCGCAAUCUCGAGCAGCGCAACUUUCCCACUUGAGGUGGCUCGAAAGCACAUGCAAGCCGGGGCUCUCAAUGGAAGACAAUAUAAUAACAUGCUUCAUGCCCUCGUGAGUAUACUUGAACACGAGGGGGUCUCGGGCCUGUACAGAGGGUUGGGACCGAGCUGCAUGAAAUUGGUUCCUGCUGCUGGGAUUUCUUUCAUGUGCUAUGAGGCAUGUAAGAAAAUACUAGUUGAGAAAGAAGAUGAUCCAUAGAUCGGCGAAAAUCAGGCUACGAGAGCUUUCACCGUUAAGUUUUCUUCUAAUACAGUUUAACUUUAAUGUCAAAUUCUCAACAAUGAAGGAACCAAACGCUCAUCCUCUUUCCUAUAUAUACUUGCAAAGAGAGAGAGAGGGAGAGGGAGAGAGAGAGAGAUGCAGAUGAUGGUGGGGCUAUAAUUGAAGGGUAGAAAGGUAAAUUGAUAUUUUCAUUCAACAGUGUUUAUGGGGAAAUUCUAUUUACAUAUUGCACUUUAUCUCAGUACACACUAUUUGUAUUGUUUGGAUAUCAACUUUGAACAAAAAAUAAGCGUUUGGAUAUUCGGAUAUCAAUUAUUGAAUAAAAUUUUUGUUCGAACAAUUGGUUUUUGUUUAGUAGUUGAUAUCUGAACAAUUAAUUUUUUUAUUUGGAAGUUGGUAUUUGAGAGCAUCUCCAACGGUUCAGUAAAAUUUUCACCAAAUCUGAGUGAAAAAAAGGGUAAUUUUCUCAAUUUGAUACGAGCAGUUCCACUCGUUCCACUGUAGCAUGCAUCAAAACAAAGGGGACGUCCGGUGGAAUGACUGGCCGGUCGACCGGGUAGCCAACUCAAAAUUUUUUUUUUUCUCUCUCCCUUUCUGUUCCCAAUUCGUUUAUUAUUUCUUUUUCCCUCCAUUACAUAUUUUCCAUUUUUGGUUGCCCCCAAUAAUAAUUUCCUUCCAAAACUUAAUAUAAACACAUUAUCCAUAUACCAUAUACCAGACAACUGGUACGUUAUAUUUGAAAGGCACUAUAACUGAAAGAAAGCAGAGCAUAAUGAGUAUCUUAAAUUCCAUAAUGUUCACUUUAUUUUCAUCCUCUUCUUCUUCCUCAUCCUCUGAUGAUGAGUCUGAUGAUGAAAAAAUGGUCACACUUUUAGAGGCUUAUGAGAUGAAUAAUGCUAAUAUGAUUUAGAUUCUGCAAUCAACUGAUAGAUCAAAUAAAAGAGGUGGUUCUGUUGUAGGCCAUAAGUACAUAUGUCGCGAUAGAAAGGAGAGUCACGAGCGAUUGUUUAUGGAUUAUUUUGCGGCAAAUCCAGUUUAUUCACCUAUAACAUUUCAGAGACGUUUUCGAAUGUGUCGUCUUUUGUAUCUGUGAAUUUUGAAUGCCAUCGAAGCACACAAUCCAUAUUUUGUUCAAAACAAGAUGCAGUUCAUAUUCUUGGAUUGUCUCCCCAAGAUGACUUCAGCUAUGAGAAUUUUAUCAUAUGGAGUGGUAACAAAAGCAGUUGAUGAUUAUAUACGUAUUGGGGAAAGCACUGCAAUUUAAAGUUUGCAACACUUUUGUAAUUCAGUAAUUGAAAUCUUCGGACCAGAAUAUCUGAGAUCUCUAACACCAACUGAUAUUGCUAGAUUACUUACUAUUGGGGAGGUUCGGAGGUUUCUGGGUAUGUUGGGAAGUUUACAUUGCAUGCAUUGGGAGUGGAAAAUUUGUCCAAAGGCAUGACAAGGUCAAUACGUAGACCAUCAAAAAAAGCCAACCAUCAUUCUUGAAGCAGCAGCUUCUUAUGACUUAUGGAUUUGACAUGCAUUUUUUGGAAUGUUUGGAUCACACAAUGACUUGAAUGCGUUGGAUCAAUCGCCCUUGUUUUUUGAUCCUGCUCAAGGUAAAGCUCUUCUUAUUCAUUACACUAUUAAUGGACGCAGUUAUAAUAUGAGUUAUUACCUUGCUGAUGGUAUAUACCCUCAAUGGACAACAUUGGUUCAAACAAUCUCUUCUCCACAAGGAGCAAAGAAGCAACAUUUUGCAAUGAUGCAAGAGUCAGCAAGGAAGGAUGUAAAGCGGGCAUUCGGAGUGCUCCAAUCUCGAUUUGCAAUUAUAGCUGGUGUUGUACGUUUUUGGGAUCCGAAAAUGCUUGGGAACAUAAUGAAGAGUUGCGUUAUAUUACAUAAUAUUAUUGUCGAAGAUGAGAGAGAGGAGCACCUUGAUUUCGAUUAUAAACUUUCAUCAACUAACGCACUAGUACAACUGUCCUGUACUACUAACGACGACUUCCAAUCAUUUUUGUCUCGUCAUUUAGGUAUUAAAAAUAAAGAUGCAUAUCAUGCCCUCUGUAAUGAUUUAAUAGAACAUAUGUGGCAUCUUUACGGUGAAAAUUAAAUUCACCACGUCGACGCGAACAUGUAAUUUUGCUUAUUUUUUUGGAAUGGGAGGUUGUCAGCUACUGUUUGUUGUUA